AUGUCAUUCGAGGAGUUUGCUGAAAAUAGGCCUCGAGUUGAGGCCAGGUUGGGUUUACACAUGUUUGCUUUGUUUGGGCGGAAGGUGGUUUCGAAAGGUUUAGACAUGGCUGAGGACUGUUUGAAAGCCCUGCAAGAAUUUGGGUCUUUGUAUGUAAGACAUUUUCAUCCAGGGUUGUGUGCUAAAUGUUUAAAAAGCCCUUACCAUGUAAAACUGAAGCAUUGUGCACAGUGUCAGUUGGUCUCGUAUUGUUCCAAAUGUUGCCAGAAAUCUGACUGGAAAAGUCACAGGCAGUUUUGCUUGGCAAAUGCUGUGAAAUGUGGAAAGAAUGUCUUUUCAGAAGCCAAAACAAAAGUUACAAGUUUUAGGAUUUGGACACAAUUCAGAACAUCAUUGGUGGAUGCAGUAUCAGUGAAACAUGACCUGGAACAGAAUGAAAGGGAAGCUCUUUGGUUUCCAAAAGUUUGUGAGAUUUGCAAGGAUUCUGAUCUUUCCAAGCUAUUUCCAUGCACAGUAUGUAAUUCAAUUUUCUACUGUUCUAAAGAACAUCUUGAGCAGGAUAUUGACGAGCAUAGGCACUGGUGUGGUAGGUACCUUACUUGUGUCAGCGUGGAUCAUUUGUUUUGUACUGCAGAGGAAUUCGGCAGGGGACGUUGGUUUUUUAUUUUCAUAACAUAA